AUGCAUUCCUUCACCAGCACUCUACCAACUGGACGCUCCAUGUCUACCCUUAAUCAAGUCAUUAAAGGAUGUCGUAAAAAAAUUCUUAAAAAGUCUCGAUCUCCUGCACUUGAGGGAUGUCCACAAAAACGAGGUGUUUGUAUCAAGGUGUACACUGUCAAACCCAAGAAACCAAAUUCUGCUCAGCGUAAAGUGUGUAAAGUGAGACUUACUACUGGAAAAGAAGUGAUUGCUUAUAUUCCUGGUGAGGGCCACAAUUUGCAAGAACAUUCAGUAGUUUUGAUCCAAGGUGGUCGUGUGUCGGAUUGUCCUGGUGUGCGAUACAAAGUCUGUCGUGGUGCCUUGGAUUGUGCUGGCGUUGUUGGCAGAACUUCAAGUCGUUCUAGAUAUGGCACCAAGCGACCUGCCAAGGACGUUAAAAAAUAA